CGCUUCCGCAUGCAGCAAGUCCUGCCGGGUGCCGUCAUCUUUUCAGAUCCGUUGGACGUGUACAAUGGUUUGCCUGAUGAAUGUCGUACGUCUGUGCGUAUGUGAGUGUUGAAGGAGUCACGUAUUAAGAGUCACGGAAAGCUUAGAGGAAAAGGUACAAAGUUUGAUUGAACCUCGCACACUGUUGCACUCCAGUUCAGUUUCAGACCUUGACAUCACUUAUUCUUUGCCGGUCAACCUUUCUGACUGAGGCGACUAAAACAUAUCGAAGAGAGAAAUACAGACAUCGGAAAAUGGCAUCACCAGAGUACCCCAAAACCGCCGUUAACAAACUCGGUCGAUUGGCAAAUCGAGGCGCAUAUGAUUACGCAACAAUCCACAGUCUAGUAAACGCCUGUCCAAUCCUCCACGUCUCCUUUGUCGACCCAGAACAUCCUUUCCCCGUCGUCCUGCCCAUGUUGGGAUGUACAGGAAACUACGAGGACCAAUCCGCCGACCCCUCAAACACCCCCCAAACCCUCUACAUCCACGGCUACGUCUCAGGCCGCAUCUUCAAAAGUGGGAAAAACAGUUCAGGCAAUGGUUUGCCCAUCACCGUAGCCGCCAGUUUCCUCGACGGCCUAGUCCUAAGUCUAACACCCUUCCACAACUCAUGCAACUACCGCUCCGCCAUCGUAUACGGAUACGCAGAAUUAGUCGAAGACCCCGACGAAGCGCUGUACGCCAUGAAAGCCAUCACUGACAAUCUGCUCCCCCAGCGCUGGGAGAAGAGUAGGACGCCACCCACGACUGCGGAACUGAAAUCAACUUCUAUACUCAAGAUUAAGAUUGAGAGUGCGAGUGCGAAGAUUAGGACGGGGGGACCGAGUGAGGAUAGGAAUGAUGUUAAGGAUAGGGAGUUGGUGAAGAAGACUUGGACGGGUGUUGUGCCGUAUUGGGGGACGUGGGGGGAGCCUGUUCCCGGGGAGGAGAAUGGGUGUGAGGAGGUUGAGGGGUACAUUGAGGGGUGGAGGGUUGGGGAGACGGGGAGGGCGAGGGGGUAUGCUUUUGAGGCUAUUGGGAAGGGUAAAUAAGAUUUGAACAAGGGGAGGUGGGCAUAAGUGGACGGGCAGUAUUGAACUGUGUUUUUUGUCGGUUUCUUUCUUGUUUUGUUGAACGUACUGGUGCAGAAGAAGUGCGAAAAUAGCACAGUUGAGUAACGAAGUAUAUAAUCGCAACGCAGGUAUAUGUUUAGUAAUUUUGAACUACUGGU